AUGUCGCCAAAUUCACUUUUUCAAUCACUUCAGCUUUUUCACAAGCUAUCGAUCAGUCUGAUUCUUUUUCUUCAUCAUUUCUCUUGUUUCCUAACGGACCUUCAAUCUUCUAAAAUGACAUUUCCUAUUGUCGGAGACAAUGUUCGAAACUACGAAAUCAUCAGCGUUCUUGGAGGUGGAGCAUUUGGUACUGUUUAUUCUUGUGUUGAUGUCGAUGAUCGUCUCAAUCAGCUUGCCAUCAAAGCUAUGGAUCUGAGCACCGUGACGCGCGAAAAUUCGUACAAGCUUGAACUUAUGGUGCUUCAAAGAGUGGAGACUUUGAGCGAAGUUGAACAGACUCGGUUCAGCAAGCUGAUCGGGAAUUUUAUUCAAGAUAGUUCCCUCGGUUUUUUCGUAAUGCACAAAGAGGGGGAGUGUGUUGACGAAGUGUGGAUGCGAAACAAGUCUGGAAGGUUCUCGGCAUCUAAUGUUUUGAAAAUCGUUCAUUGUAUGGCACAUGGACUUCGCUCCCUUCACAAAAUCGGGUUCAUUCAUCGAGAUUGCCACGCAGGAAACAUUUUGUUCGCGAGUAGAUUGACUCCGACUGCUCCAGUGAAAAUUGUCGACUUUGGGAUUGGACGGCGUUUUGCCAAUCGUCGUGGUCAUCCCAUUCCAAGUCCUUCUCGUGAUAUUGAUUUUCUUGGCUGCGAGCAUUGUUCGGUUAAUGUGCACGUCGGAGGAAUUCCUGGACCAAAGGAUGAUUUUCUGAGCAUGGUUCUAUUGGCAAUUCGAAUGAGUGGAAUUCACGCGAUCUCGUAUGAAAACUCGGAAACUAACUUGUGCCAGAAAAAAAGCUUUGAGAGUAAUCCGGCUCAAUUCCUCAUGCGUUGCCCAUGGCUCGUGCCAGUCUCUGUUGCAAUUAUCAAGAACGAUCCAAACCGUUUCAAUUAUGAUUGUGUCAUUCAUGCCAUUGAGAAUGCAUCCCUUUUCAAUCCUUCUGAGGUCAUUGGCCACUGUUACGAGAAUGGAUUGUUGCGUGUGUUUUAG